AUGUGGCGCCUGAUCUUCCUCGUCGCUGCCGUGUCGGCCCAAAUCCCAUCACUGGGCUUCUGCCCCGACUAUCAGCCCAUGGCCAGCUUCAACAUGAACCGCUUCCUGGGCACCUGGUACGAGGCGGAGCGAUACUUCACGGUGAGCGAGCUCGGCAGCCGCUGCGUCACCACCAAGUACGAGAGCACGCCGGAGGGCAGGAUCCUAGUCUCCAAUGAGAUCACCAACGCCAUGACCGGAAUGAAGAGAGUGUUAGAUGGACACCUGCAAAUGAUCGGUCGGGAUGGUGAGGGGCGUAUGAUCGUCAAAUACGCCACUCUACCUGUCCCAUACGACACUGAGUUCAGCGUCCUCGAUACAGAUUAUGAGAGCUACGCCGUGAUGUGGUCAUGCAGCGGGAUAGGUCCAGUGCACAUUCAAAAUGCUUGGGUGCUAACCCGCGACAGACUAGCGUCGCCUACAAUCUUGCAACAGGCGUACGCUGCGUUGGAAAGGUUCAAAGUGUCCAGGGCGUUCUUCGUGAAGACCAAUCAGGAGGACUGUUACAUUCUGCCUGAGCCAGCAGCCUACGCCGAAUACAAAGAUGCGGGCGUAGCCGAUGUCUCCGGGAAACAUGCAAGCAUGGUCCCUAUCGCUGCCGCUUCAGUACCCGAGCAAAUCGUAGAGGAAAAAAUAGAGCCACAAGUUAAAUCCGAAGUGCCUCAAGAAAAAUCCGAUGCAAAAGAACCGUCCGAAAAACCGAAACCAGAGCCGGAAAUAAAGGAUUCUAUGAUGAAAAAGGAGGAAAAGAUUGAAAUGCCUGAGAAGCUUGCUGAAGUCAAGAAAGAUAUUCCCGAGAUUAAAGAGGCCAAGACCAAGGGUAAAGAACUGUCGUUGACGUCUGUCCCA